UGUUGUUUGGUAAUUGCUAAAUAUUGUGAAUACUUUGAGUACAUCUUACUGGUAUAAUGAGAUUACACAACUGGGUGGCUAAUGGAUUACGGAAAGUGGCCUAGAACAAUCGCCGGUGAUGUAGCGUCACAAAAAUGCCGGUAAUGAAACUCAACAGUGUAACUUCAAAUUACAAAGGAUUCUAUCAAAGAUUAACGUCAUUAUAUGUCCGAUAUGAUUAAAGGUAAAGUAUAAAGACCGUUUAUGGUAGUGACAAUGCUAACCACGACCGCAUUUCGCUUCCUUCCAGUACCACCUGCUUGCACGUUGGGCUCUUCACAGUAAAAAGCCUGGUAGCCAUACUGUUAGAAGCUAACGGUAGCUGAUGCUCUUAGAAAUACCGGUAGAUUUUUUCAGGUCCAAGUAAAAUAAUCUACGGAAAUGUUGAAACAGAUGUGUAAGCACAUAAAGACAGGGCGUCAUAUAUAGGAAAGAGAUAAUUAUGAAACUAGCCGUUUACGACUUAAACGGUGUGUUCUCUAGCUAAGCUAACAACGGCAGCUAACUACAGCUGACAGGCCUGUGAAGCUAAAGCUAACUUCCCGCAAGGCCCAACUAGCUGAAUGCGGCUAAUUCGGCGGAUUUUUUUGUUUCUCAAUCCUAUUCUUUAUUUUGUCUUUAACCAGUUGACGUUGCCUAUUCGAAUCGUUAUUGUCAUACAGCGUAAAUAUAUAUCUUACCUAGAAAAUGAAUUACUGGUCUCUGGAGCACACCGAUGUCUCGUGUCCACUUUUGCCGGGUGGAUGUAGAACCGCCAGACAGUCCAUAUAUGGUCAAAGAGGGCGGUGAGAAUGGAUGUUACCUCCCCUUCUCGUGGGACUGCAGUAAAAUGUUCCUUUUCGGUCCAAAAUUAGUCACAGGCUUUAUUUCUCAAUCGGAACAAUAAUGUUAUCAUUUUGUUAUGACUUACUAGACAUCGACUAAGUUAUAGCUCAUACACCUGGGAAUAAAACGAAUGCUGGUGUGAUGGAUAUAUGCUCAUCUUAACGUGGUGUAUCCGAACCGAUAAGGUUUAUACAUGUACCGUUAUCGCAUCAUAACAAAUACCCAUAUCUUCACACAUCUUUAAUGUAAUUAUACACCAUAUACAUACGAUACUCUCUUGGUGUGGUGUUGGGAACUCUGUAAUAAGCAAUCCUUAUCGCAAAAACAGGUCCCUUCAGUCAUAGGUGAUGCUGCAGCAGCAUAGGCUAUCAGUGAUGAUGAGGGUAAACCCAUACGUGCGAGAGACGUUAUUCCACUCUGUGUGUGUGGCAGUCAAUUUUUGAGGAAGUCAAGCAACUUCAGGAAAUCGACGAUAUAUGGACGACUAUGCCUGGAGGAUUUUUACCUGUAUCAACGAUGAAUAAUGGGAUCUAAAGUCUUCAAGUCAGUCUUCGUGGACAGGAUCGAGGAGCGACAUACCGGGACUAAAACAAGAUGCUAGCUUCUUUGCUAGCUUGCUCUUUGAUGUUUGUUUCUCCGACCUAACGUUACUGUUGAGGUUAUGAUUUCUGGAACAACAUUGACUAUUUUCAAGUCCUCUUUCUUCGAUUUUCUAUUAUUUACCGUAACUCAAACGGCCAACUCUACCAGGUGUUAUUGAGCGUAUUGCUAACGGUACAUUACUUAGCUGACUUUAGGUAGCUGUUGGAGUUAACCUUAGCGAGAAUGAGUUAAGCUAAUUACCACAACGUUAGCUCAAAAGUCACGGAUUUCCCAGAGUAACGCUACACAGUUUACAUGGCAGUGACAUAAACGGCUUGGUUUGUUGUAACGCAAGAGUUACGUCGCAAUACAUGUGUUAAUAGAGUUGCAGUUAUUUGUUCUGACGAAAGAACAAAACCGCCACCUUCACAUUAAAAAUGAAUUGAUCUGCAACCAUGAUAAAACGUAUUUCUUUCACACAUGGAAAAUAAGUAGUUUAUUACGAGGUUAUUAGGUUCAAACAUAAUGCUUUUUAUAUAAACGACUACCUCAGCUGGGACUGAAGAAAGAGCUACUAUGUGACAUUUGAGGCACUUUUUUGUACGUGUCAAUAAAUCAGUUUCUCCUAACUUAGGUCCUUUAAUGGUUAACAUGUCUUCCAUUAGGGCAGGAGAGUUGACACAUCUGUAAGUCGUUUUGAGUUUUCCAGAACAACCUCAUCAAGUGUAGCUCAUAACUACCAGAUAUGCGUCUUUCCUCCGUUUUGGCCUUGUUCAGGCCUGCUUUACCCCUUAUCCUCGGGCUGUCUCUAGGAUGUAGUUUGAGCCUUUUAAUGGUGUCCUGGACACAAGGGGAUACCGAUGACUCCUGUGGAGAUGAACUGGGGAAUGGGAGGCUUUUUAGGGGCAGAGGAGAUGCACAGAGAGACUCGAGAGAUGGUGCUGGAGAGGAAGAUUUCCAGCCACGUAUCGUUCCAUAUCACAAAGAUCCAAACAAGCCACACAAGAAAGUCCUCAGAACUCGUUAUAUCCACACUGAACUGGGCAUCAGAGAGCGGCUGCUGGUGGGGGUUCUAACCUCCCGGGCUACCCUCAACACGCUGGCCGUGGCAGUGAAUCGCACGAUUGCUCACCACUUCCAUCGCACCUUUUUCUUUACAGGCCUGCGUAGCCCUAAGUUGCCUCAUGGCAUGACUGUGGUUGCCCACGGUGACGACCGCCCAGUUUGGCUGAUGUACGAGACAGUGCGUCACCUCCAUCAACACUACGGCUCUGACUACGACUGGUUCCUCCUAGCCCAGGAUGACACCUACAUGCAAGCGAAUCGUCUGUUGGAGCUGGUGGGCCACCUCAGUGCAGGUCAGGACCUGUAUAUGGGCAGGGCGGAGGAGUUUAUAGGUGGAGAAGAGAAGGCACGCUAUUGCCAUGGUGGUUAUGGCUACCUGCUGUCCCGCAGUCUGCUAGCCCGUCUGCAGCCGCACCUCGACACCUGCCGCAAUGACAUCCUCAGUGUGAGACCUGAUGAGUGGCUGGGACGCUGCAUUAUUGAUUACCUGGGUCUCAGUUGUGUGGAGGUUCACCAGGAGAUGACUUAUCGGUACUUUGAGCUCGGGAAAAAUGCAGAUCCAGAGCGCGAAGAUAGCAUACAGUUUAAAAAUGCCUUCACAGUCCAUCCUAUAUCGGAACCAAACCUCAUGUACCGCUUACACAAACGCUUCAGUCAGAUUGAGCUGGAAAGGACUUACCAACAGAUUCAACAGUUGCAGGUACAGAUCAACAACCUGAGUGAUUUGACGCCAGAGGGUAAAGCUGGAGUCACGUGGCCUAUUGGAAUCAACGCUCCCUUCAAACCAAGAACCCGUUUUGAAGUUAUAAACUGGGAGUACUUUACUGAAGAGCAUAUUUACUCGUGCAUUGACAGCUCCCCAAAGUGUGAGAUGAGAGGGGCUGACCGUGCGGACGUAAACGCAGUUCUGGAAAUAGCGGUGGAGCGUCUGAAUGAACGCUACCAGCCCCAGCUACGCUUCCGAAAGCGGCGCCUACUUAACGGUUACCGGCGAUUUGAUCCCACGCGUGGAAUGGAGUAUGUGCUGGACCUUGCGCUCGAGGCCUACACCCAGAAAGGUCACAGUCAAGUCAUUGCCAAACGGGUUAACUUGUUGCGCCCUUUAAGCGCGGUUGAGAUCAUCCCCAUGCCCUAUGUGACGGAGGCCACCCGGGUGCAGGUCAUCCUCCCUGUCACCGCCCAGGAUCAGGACUUUGUCGGUAACUUCCUCGACAUGUACGUGAUGAACACUUUGGACACCCAUGACAAUGUUCUCCUCACGUUCCUGUUCAUCUACGACCCUUUUGAUGCUCAGAGAGUCAGCCAGACAGAUGUGUUUGCUGGCAUCAAGGCCAUGAUCGGGGAGGUGGAGAAGCGUUACGGUGACGCGAAGAUCCCUUGGAUCAGCGUAAAGACGGAGGUGCCCUCACAGGUGAAGCUGAUGGACAUCAUCUCCAAGAAGCACCCAGUGGACACGCUGUUUUUCCUUGCCAGUGUGUGGACCGAGGUCAACGCCGACUUCCUGAACCGCUGCAGAAUGAACGCUAUCAGCAACUGGCAGGUCUUCUUCCCCAUCCACUUCCAGGAGUAUAGUCCCGCCGUGAUGUACCGCGACCAGCAGCCCUCAGCGGCCUCCUCCUCUUUCGCCUCUGAGUCGCUGCGAGACGGACACUUUGACCGGCAAGUCUUUGACGAGGCUUGCUUUUACAACGCGGACUACAUGACCGCGAGGACCAAGAUGGCAGCUGACAUCUUGGACAACGAGGAGCUGCUGGAAAGCAUGGACGUGUACGACAUAUUCGUCCGUUACUCGGGCCUACAUGUGUUCAGGGCCGUAGAGCCGGCGCUGAUCCAGAAAUACGUGCGACGAGCGUGCAACCCACGAUUCAGCGAGGACAUCUACCACCGCUGUGUCCUCAGCAACCUGGAGGGCCUGGGCUCCCGCUCACAUCUAGCUAUGGCUCUUUUUGAACAAGAGCAAGCCAACAGCACCUAAGAGACAUGUUGGGUCACCUUAAAAAUACUGCCUUGACUAAAGGAUACUCACGCAGAAUAAUGUGAAUAAUAAUAUGGAACUUAGGGAUCCAUAUACUGUAAUUCACGCCGUACGAAAGAUGUUAAAGAAAAGCAUCUUGAACACUUGAACAGAGCGGUGAUGUGUCAGUUCCUACAAAAUCUCUCUCCUCCUUACUUCUGACGUAGGAGUCAAUAACUCUGACUGUGACUCGUGUUUAGACGAACUAUGAGUCAUGGAGCCGUCCGAACGUGGACUACGGUCAUUUGUAAACCUGCCAUUGAUGUAUUCUUACAGGAGCUGAGCGAACAUAUUUAUACUCUAAUUCUAUGAGGUUGUGUCUUGACAACAAACGAACAAAGGCCUUCUUUGUUGAUGAAAAACCGUGAGCCAUAAGUCUUCCUUAUUUGAAGAUGUUAAAAAUGAUACUGGAAACAAGUUGAAGCCGUUGGCUGCCUUUUCUUUUUCUUUUUCUAAGAGGUAUUAAAGAGUGAUAUUUACGCUCAA